CCUUUCUUCCUUCCCACGGGCUAAUUCACAAAUUAGCAUUUAAAAGGAGUUGCAACUUAGAAUUCUCCUGGAUGCUUGGGACCACAUCCCUUGUCCAAUUUUAUUCAGUGAAUCAGUGAGGCAUUGUUUAAUUCUUAGAUUCUUUGAUAAAGUUAUCAGAUGGACUCCUCAAGGAUGAAUUAUUCUGGGAGGACUUCAGACCAAGAGCAGCAAGCUACCAAGACUGAAGUGAAACAGAACAAAAUGCUUCACAGUAAACGCCGGGAAUAUACAGCAAACAAUCAGGAUGUUACAUACACAGAGUUGAAGACAUGUAAGUCUCCAUGGAAGCACAGAAUACCUACAGUCAAGCAGAGCCCUGUAGUGCUAUGUGAAGAGCAGCUAAAAUAUGGAGAGCUGACAUUCCACAGAACACCUCAGCCCCAGCCCAGAAAACAAGCUAUGGGAAGAAAAAGACAAGGCCCCAAAUCAACAGUAUGGAGAGUGGUAACUGGCAUGCUUGGAGCCUUGUGUGUGGUGCUGAUGACAACCACAGGGAUCUUACUUCCAAAAUUAUUUUCUAGUCAAGAAGAGCAAUGCAGAAAAACAUCACUUCAUCCUCUUCGGUGUCCAAAGGAUGACGCCUCCUGUGAUCUUUGUUCCAGUGACUGGAUUGCUUUUGGAAACAAUUUCUAUUGUGUUUUUAAAGAAAACACAAAAACCUGGGCAGAGAGUCAGUCUGCCUGUGAGGAGCUGAAUUCUCAUCUUGUGAUCAUAGACUCCAAAGCAGAGGUGGAAAAUUUGUUAUUGUUUGAAAUGGAUGGGUGGAUUCUUCACAAAAUGGAUGGAACCAACAGUUCCUGGUUGUGGAGAAAUGACAUUAAAAUACAGAACACCCUAACUAAUGAUUCAGAAAAGAAGAAUCAUAGCUGCCAUUAUCUGCGUGGAAACCUAUUCAUGCCUGAUGAAUGUUCAGCUAAGAAAUCAUACAUCUGUGAAUUUAAUAUAUGAUGACACCAAUUUCACUAGUAUAAUUUUAUUUAAUUAUGAAAAUCAAAAUGUCUGUCAUUUGUUGAGUUUAUAAUUUUUACUCUCAAUCUUAGUCAAAAGGCCAACAAUGAUGUUUUUUUAGUUUUGAAGAUUCUUUUACUGAACUGAGAAGAUGCUGAUUAUUAGUUUUAUCUUCCAUAUUAUAUUGAGAUUUAUUAAUAUUCUUACCAGAGAUCAUCACUCUUAAAUAUUCAAUACCAUUUAUGUCGAGUAACUUUACAACACUCUUAAAGUAAUGAAAGAAUCCCAUGUCAAUUAAGUGGUAUUUUAAAAAGUUAUUUGUGUACUAUUCAUGUAUAAGAAACAGGGACUCUACAGAGCAUGUGGGGGUCAAAAGGCAACUUGGUGGAAUUGAUUCUUUUCUACUUUUAUGUGGUAGACCAGAGAUGCAGCCUCACCCAGUGUAAUAUUACUAAUGAGCAGAUAUAUCUGAAGAUUGUUCAAAAGACAUAUUGAUGAUUCUGCUUGAAAUAGCAAGAACUGGUUUAGUGGAAAAACAAUAAAUAACAAAUGCAACUUAGGUUGAAAUAGUUAAGAAGCUUAGACUCUGGAGCUCAGUCCCAGCGAGGGCUUUGAGGUAUAGAGUGCACUCGGCUCUGCAGAGGCUACGGGUUCAAUUCCCAGCACCCAUUUGCCAUCUCAAAAAGCAGCCUGAAACUCUAGUUCCUAUAGAUCUGACAUCCUCUUCUCAUCUUCCUGGGCUCCUACAUGCUCAUGAUACAUGCAAAAACUCACAACUGCACUCACAGAUCUAUUGAAGUGACCACCAACAUACAAUAUUCAUACCAUAUUCUCCUGACUCCAUUUUGUCCUUGCUUACACCACCUACCCUAGAAACACAAUUAAAUUCCCAUGUUCCAGAUGUUUUAACCAGAAUAACAAAUAUUUAUACCAAUUUAACAUAAGCUAAAUAACUGGAGAAGGUAUGACUCAAAAUUGUCACUCUGUGUGUAAAAUUAUUCGAAUGUUCUGCCAAAAAUUAUUGUUUCAAGGUUACUUUGAUCCCUGUCUAACCUUGAUAUAAAUUAAGGUCCUUGUAGAUUUUGCCUUUAAAAAUACUGUGCCCUUGAGUUUCAGCAUCAAAAAUUGUUGAGAUAUGAACUGCUCUUGGUCAACAGCUAAUAAAGGACUCAUAUAUUUCCACUUAGCUUUUUUUUUUUUUACAGAAGGUUUAUAUCUUUCUUGUAUGGAUUAUUACAAUAAAAAAUACCAAGUACAUCAA